CUGAAAAUACGCCACCCUUUUUUUCCAAGUGCCCAAACACUUGAAUGAUUCAAUUAAUCCGCAUCUUAGAUCUAAUUUGUUUGUGUUUAAAUUUCAAUCCAAUCCCUUAUUAAAUUCAAGUGUUUUGGCGAUUGACUUUUUGGUAUUUUUUGACACCUUAUUUUCAUUUGGGUGGCUCAAACUUUUCAAGUGUUUUGCUCAUGAAUUUGCCCCACUGUGCUGAACUAUUCAAAGUGAUGAGCAAAACACUUGAAAUUGAUCUUGUUUUGAUUUGAAAUCCAGUUUCGCGAGAGCUUCGUCGGAAUUUGCUUCGUUUCCUCAUUUUAAAGUUUUGGAGGUCCGGUGUGUUCGUUUUUCACAGACCGCUUGAGUUCGCUGCCGCCAUGUUCCAGUCCAGAAAAUUGCCUUUGUGGUUUGUGACCGCGAAGAUGAGCAUCGCCACAAGGCUGUGUCCUCGGGCUCGGGCUCCAUAUGGCCAGCGGAAGGGCUUGGUCUCCCGGGCAGUUGCCAACUUUGAUGAUAAAGUUCCUUUCCGGACCUAUUUGGAAGGAUGCGAAAGAGCUGCAGAUGCCGUACCAGGUAGGCGGUGCUAGUGAGAAGCAAGAUUUGGAUGCAUUCAACUCAGGGGCCAUGAUAUGCGUAUCUCCGCCGGCACCGGUGCUUCACUCGCCGACGCUGAGAAACAUCCCAGGAAGCAGUGGUGGCGAACAAACCGAUCCCGACCAGGAAGAAAAAAAUAACAAUUUUUUUACACGCCAGGUUGAUAGAAAAUAAAAGAAGCCAAAACAUUUCAUUGCGCAACAUCUUCUUUAAUUAAAAACAAAUCGAAAUCCAUUUCUAUUACAUGCAAACAUGCAUUGAUUAUAGAAAGAAAAGCCAUUUAAAACCAAUAAAUAUAAUACAGUAUUUCAUGUGACACAACACGUCAAAUUCAAGUGUUUUGCUAUUGAAUUGACAGCUAAUUUUGUUGCCCAAAAUUCAAGUGUUUUGCGAUUGGUUUUUAAGUGCACUGUAUAGCAGGGUCAGAUCAAGGGUAGAACACUUGAUUUAAAAGGGUCAUUUUUGUUCAGU